AUGUGGGGAGUACGCUCUGACAUACAGAUUGCUGGUCACGUGUUUGGUAGGUGUGCCCCACACCACCUCUGGAACCAGGAGACAUUCUCCUGCCCGCCAACCGCCGCGUCGCUCGCGAAUCUAGAAACUGCUAUCAACGAGGCAGUUGACCACACAAGCGACCUGCUCGACACGCAAAAGGCCAACCUGAGGGUGACCCAAUUGUGGCUGCGUAUCAUUCUGUGGCAGAUACGAUUGCACCUGGGCCACCUUGUGGAGGACGCGCACCCGAUCAGCCUCACCUACCACUACCCGCUCGAAUUCGCCAAGGAUCUCGUCUUGUCGACGCAAGAUCUCUCAGUCGACAGCAUCAAGGUCCACGGCGUGGGGAUUACUGAAAAGCUCCUGGAUAUCGCCUGUGCUGUGGUUGACGUCUUGGCCUGCAUCCCACUGACGGCCUCAAAAAACUUGACAACACAGUCUGGCUCCAAGCAGAUGGAAACAAUCACUUUCUCCAGUUCUCACGAAUCUUUCAUCAGACCUAGAAUGUCCCUUUUAUCGCUUCCUGCAGAGAUUCAGCUUUGUGUGCUGGGUUUUUUAGGGUCUGGCUUUUUCCAAGAAGAUUCGCGUCGCCUUACAGUCUCCGCACAAUGGCAUGCAGUCGCCAUCCAGGUCAUGUUCUGGAACCUGCAGCUGACAGUUAACUCUCUCAAAAGGUUAACAGAGAAUGAGGCAGCUCUUGGGCGAUGUAGAGUUCAUACCCGAACUGUCAGGCUCCUAUUUGAGACCUUCAAGGGUCUCUCGGCUCCAGUCGCUUCCAACCCAGAUCUCGUGGCCACUCAGAUAAGCAGAUCAUUGCUAAAGCUGGCGCCGACGUUGCAGCAAUGCAGAGGCUUGAACAGACUCGAACUAAAGGCACUGCACUAUGAGUUUCAAGAUCUUGAGCCUCAAUCUAGGCUACAUUACCAAUACUUGAUGCCUAAGCCUCUAUCCCAGCUCCUUACCGUUCAAAAUUUGACCAGCCUUCGACUCGACAUUGCGGGCUCACAAAUUUCGAAGGCCGUUCCCGACAUCCAUCUAUGCGCCUCCAUUCAAGCUCUAAUGCCAUCGUUACGAUGUCUUCAUUGCCGGAUGGAGACCAUUUGUACAAGCCUCUUGGAUAUAUCCAGCAUCGACCAGAGUAUUGGCUUGGAAGAACUCAUCAUCAACUUGAGCCUGUCAAAUUUGACCGAUACAUGGACAGCAUACCGUUUUCCAAAGUGGUGUCAGUCCGACCGACUAGAAGGUGUUUCGGUGCUUCGAAACGAGUUAGAGGACCAAGCAGCUGAGCUUGCAUCGCAUUUGGACACCGCACGCUGUAUACGAGUCAUCUCGCACACAUUUCCAUCUUUGGAUUGGGUAGCCUUCGAUGCUGUGCAAGGACGGCGCGUUCGACUAGAGGCUGGCUCAGAAUGGGACGCACAGGGCGAAACGCUGGAGGACACAAGCAGUGAGGAUGAGACAGAUCUCUUCGAGAGCGAGCCGGAUUCCCCAGCGCAGAUCACUCUCUAA